CGUCAGCACGGACUGAUUUGGGGCGUGUUCUUUUAUAAAGAGUGUGUGUGACCCGUCCUAUAUGCUAUUUAUACAAUCCAUGUCUACGCAACGUUUGUAAUGUCAGUAUUUUGAGAAUACUCGCACAGACUGGUCUUUAAACAUUGUAUAUUGUAAGAAGUCGACCAUGGCGACGUUCCCACCGCCGGACAACUUUGAUUUCAGUCAUCGGGAGUUCUGGCCUGAGUGGAGGCGGAGGAUCCAGCUACAGAACGGCGACCGAGCUCGACAAAGACGAGGAAGUGCUUGCGUGGACCGUGUUGUGUUAGUUGGGAGGAAAGCGGAGAGCCUCAUGCCAUUUGCCCGAAUUCGAGAAUCCAGGCGCUGGAAGGUGAUACGGUCACUCUACCAUGUUAUCUGGUCCCUGCACGCAGCGGUGGAUCGUACUUUCGAUUGGAAAAGAGUUGACCUCAACAAGGUGGUCUACGCGUACCGGCACAAGCAGGAAAAUCCCAAUGACCAGAUGGCUCAUUACAGAGGCAGGACUACUGUUAACCUUGAUGACCUGAGCAGAGGAAACAUGACUCUGCAGAUCUCCUCAGUGCAGCUGGCUGACACAGGACCGUACAGCUGUUUUGUCCCAAAACUGGAGACCAGUUGUGUUACUGAUCUCACUGUUGUUGAGCAAGUGACCAGCACAACUAGACCUCCGCCAGAUGAACCGAGCAAUCCUGAUGGGGACAACAGGCAGCUUAUUGCCAUUGUCCCUUCCACUGUCGUUGGGAUUGUCAUCAUUAUCUGCGUUCUCGUCGGGGUUCUGGUGAGACGUGGAAUGAUCUAGAAAUAUAUGAUGAGACUCAGAGGAAGGACGGAGCAAAAGGUGGCGACGGCUGUGAGCUGAAACAUCUGAGGUCUUCAUCAACAAACGAUGGCCCUGAUGACCGUGAUGCCGACCUGGACCCUGAUGGCCCUGAUGA